CCUUUUCUCCCAAAACCCUCCCUCCUCUCUCUCUCUCUCUCUCUCUCUGAAGCUUCUGCAACUCUACUCUAAUGUCUAUAUCGACUCAACCCUAAAACCACCGCGACCGCCCAAUCUUCACUUCUCCAAUUCGUCAUCCCCGGAAUCAGCUCACCGGAAAAAUGAAUAGGAGAAUCAACAACGGCCCUACCGGACCUUCGAGCUCCACCAACGGCGGCUCCGCCACAAGAUCUGGUUCCCGGACUCUGCAACCUGACUACAAUAGUCCCGCCGUUCAGGAAGCAUUAGAACAGUUGGCAUCGAUCGAUCUGAUUGACUUGUGUAAUGAGGCUAAAGUGGAGCACUGCCGCGCAACAAGAGACUUGAGAAGCUGCGGGCGUUAUGUGACGGACGUGUUGAACUCAUGUGGGCAUGCUUCGUUAUGUGCAGAGUGUAGCCAGCGGUGUGAUGUUUGCCCAAUUUGUAGGAUUCCGAUUCUAAAUACCGGCGCGAGGCUACGUCGCCGCCUUUAUGAUCAGUGUUCUGAAGCUCGAUUGAUAUCCAAAAGAAGUGAUAAGAGAUUUCAAGAGAAGGAGGAUGGGGAGGAGCCUAUAACUAAUGAUGUCCUGCGCCUAUAUUCAUUAUUUGAUGUCGCUCUGGAGAAUAACCUGGCUUCAUUGAUAUGUCACUAUGUUACAGAUGUUUGUUUGGAUGAAAGUGCUGUCUCCAGUGAUCCUGUAAUUGCAUUUUUGUUGGAUGAGGUGGUCGUGAAGGAUUGGUGCAAGCGAGCAUUCCAGAACAUCACCACAGAACUUCAAGUGAUUUAUAACUUUGAAGCAGAAGAAAUGAAAACUAUGUUGGGCCAACUCCUUAAGUUCUCAGCACAGCUGGCAGGCAUUUCCAAUGUUCUCGAAGUUUUGGAUUUGUCUUUUAAGGGGUCUCUUUCAUCUCAGCUUCAUGACUUGCACCAGCUUCUAGAAACCAUAUUAAAGACAAAGCAGCAUCUGGAGAUUAUGAUAUGGUGCAUACGACAUGAGUUCCUUAAGAAUGUAAAGCCUCGUCAUACUGAUAUCACAACAUGGCACACUCUUGUUUGUGAAAGGAAAUCAGCUGCAGUAAAGCGUUCGUGGCCUGAUGCUUUAAAUAACUCUGAAGAGUCCAAUGGACAGGAAGGUUCCCUGUUUAUUGAAGAUGCUCUAACAAAUUUAGAGACUGAGCAAGGAGAUACAAUGGUUGAGGAAUUGAAACUUGCAUUUGCACAGAAGGAUGGUCGUUCAUCUGUUUACAAGUCUAAGAUUGAAGGCAUUAGAGGUUGUUAUCCAUUUGAAAAUGUUCGAGCUGCUGUUGAUGUACUUUUUCUAUGUGGUAGUUCAGAUUUGGUUGUUGCAAAGCAAGCAACUUUUCUAUAUUAUCUAUACGAUCGGCAUUGGACGCUGCCUGAUGAGGACUGGAGACACAUUCUAGAGGACUUUGGAGCUACCUUUGGUAUCUCCGGGCAUUUAUUACUUGAAUCCUUAAUCUUUUAUCUCUUGGAUGAUCACACAGAUGAGGCUUUACAGGAAGCUUGUCACCUACUUCCAGAGAUCUCAGGCCCAGCAACUCAUCCUAAGAUUGCACAAGUACUACUUGAAAGGGGAAACCCUGAUACUGCUCUUUCAGUUUUACGGUGGUCAGGGCGUGAUGGUACUUCAAAUUCUGUUUCACUUGGUGAGGCUGUAACUGCAGUUCGGGUGAGGGUAGAGUGUGGACUCUUUACUGAGGCAUUCAUACAUCAAAGAAUGCUGUGCACCAAAUUCAAGGAGAAGAAGUUAAAGAUUGGUCAAUUAGGGGGUGUGACUGAUGAUUCAAACGACAGAUAUAUGUGGGAGGACUGGGUGGAGAUUUUGGUUUCUGAAAUUUGUUUCCUUUGUAUUCGACGGAACAUGAUUGAUAGAAUGAUAGAGUUGCCGUGGAACUCCAAUGAAGAGAAACAUCUUCACAAGUGUCUAUUAGAUUAUGCUAAUGGUGAUUCGUCCUCAACUAUUGGAAGCCUUCUUGUGGUAUUUUAUAUCCAGCGCUACAGGUAUUCUGAAGCCUACCGAGUUAAUCAAAUACUUCAAAACUUGGAGCAGGAGUUUAUCUCAAAGAAUGCUGUCAGUGAAGAAGUUCUAUCUAGAAUGAAAUCAGUGAGUGGCUGGAGAGCAGGGUUAAUUGAUAAAUGCAUGGACUUGCUACCAGAAGUCCAACGGCAACAAGUGAAGGAUGGAAAAGCGCCUGAAAUAGCGACCAACACCUCUAGUGAUGUCGAAAUGUUAGAAACAUCUAUUCCCAAUGUGCAAGGGUCAAAGUCGACUAGUUUAUUGAUUCCUUCGUCCACUGAUUCUUCCGCCGCAUUAUGGACGGAUCAGAAGACUACUUUGUGGAACCCUGCAAUAUCUGAAACCCCCCAAAAAAGAGGUGGAACUGCCUACCUCUCUGAAAUUGGUAACUUUAGUCCUUCAGGUCUGCAUGGAAGGUUAUCUACCUAUUCUGAAACAAGGUUAAAGGCUGACAUUAGUAUAAAGAAGACUUUCAAUUUUGAGGAUGCAUCAACUCCGCUUAGUCGAGUUGGUCGCGCACCAGCAGCUAGGGACACGAAUAGAAGUUCAUCAGAUCUAUUUUCAAGUUACCAUCUCUGCGACAAUCAAUAUGGCACAUUAUCACCCGAAGUGGAACAUGAUGUGUUUCUUACUCCAUUCCAAACAUUCCAAAAUGCAAGUCCUUCACACUACCAAAGAAUUACUACAAAUCCAGUAACUACAACCAGCAGCAACAAUGGUUUGUUUGAAGAUCCCACGAGGAACCUAUAUCCAAAUUUGUCUAGGAAGAAUUUUCGAUCAGAUAGGGAUGUUAGACCUUGGCUUACAGCUUCCAAGGAUGAUCCAAUGGACACAUCCUUGAGCUAUGGAGCAGAGGACAAAAUUCUGAACAAUGGAGCAAGAUGGAGGUCUGAUGAAACAAGUGAUGAGGAAGAGGAUCAGAGUCAAGAGAAAGCUUUUGGGAGUAUUAAUCAUACCCCUGCCGCAAGGGGAGUUCGUAGAAGCAGGUUUUCCAAGAGAUGAAGAUUUAUUAUUAACACAAAGUUGAACGGUUAUAUUGUCCUCAGUAAUGUUUGAGUAAACCUUCAUGGGCAAGUGGGAGCACAGCUGCUCCAUUGUACAUCAGGUUUGUGCUGGUUGAGUUAUUAGGGUACCCAUUGGAAGGCAAGGAAUCAUAGCAACAAACAUGAUACUUUUUCUCAGUACAGCUAAGAUGCAGCAGUUAAAUGAGAUCUAUUUUGCUUCAUGUGAUUGCCUUUGUCCGAGUUGAUCAUAACUGAUGAGAUUUUGUAUUAUGGAAGUAAUCUAAUGUGCUCGGGCAAAAGCCUUCUGGAGUUUCGGUAGUUCCAAAUUUUGAUACUUCUGUAUUUGAAGACAUAAAUAUGGAUCAGAAUUGUAAUGCAUAACGAAGAAAGAACCCAUUUGUAUUCAUUCAGCA